CUUCUUCUUCUUCUCUCUCUAACACACUCAGAGAUCGAGUUCUCUUAGCUUACAGAUAGAGAUGAGGUUAUUAGGGUCAAAUGGAGUUGGUCUGAUGAAGUACAUGAUCAUUCUUAUUGGAGUAGUUACCAUCUCUUACCCGCACCAUUUUCCGACAGCCCGUGCUCAGACAACUAACGCCACCCUCGAUCCCUCCGAAGCUAGGAUUUUGAACUCCAUAUUCCAACAAUGGGGGAUUCGGGCCAACAAUCAGCAAUGGAACAUAAGUGGAGAAUUGUGCACUGGCUUCGCCGUCGAUUCUACCAGUACGCAAGACAGCUCUUUCAAUCCGGCAAUCAAAUGCGAUUGCUCUUCCAACCCUUGCCACAUCACUGUCCUGAAAGUUUACGAGUUGAACGUUACUGGUGCGAUUCCAAAUCAACUUUGGAGCCUAACUUCCAUCAUUGAUCUAAAUCUUGGCAAAAAUUACUUGACUGGCACACUAUCCCCCUCCAUUGGAAAUUUGCAUCGGUUGCAAUACCUAGCCCUAGGCAUUAAUGCACUGUCAGGGGAGCUUCCAGUGGCACUCGGUUUGCUGACUGACUUAAGAGCCUUUUCCAUUAGCACAAAUAACUUUUCUGGACCUUUGCCUUUGGAGCUAGGGAAUUUGAGAAAUCUAACAGAACUCUAUAUAGAUAGCUCCGGUGUUAGUGGUCCUAUACCUCCAACAUUUGCAAAUCUACUGAACCUAAAAAUAGUGGGGGCUUCAGACACUGAGCUUACAGGGAGGAUACCUGAUUUCAUUGGGAAUUGGUCAAAGCUUACUAACCUGAGGUUUGAAGGAAAUUCAUUUCAGGGCCCAAUUCCAUCUACAUUUUCAAAGUUAACCUCAAUGGUUGACUUGAGGAUAAUUGGUCUUUUGAAUGGGAGCUCUUCACUGGACUUCAUUAGUAAUAUGAAGAAUUUAAGCAUACUAGUUUUGCGGAAUAACAAUAUUUCUGGUUCCAUCCCCUCUAAUAUUGGAGAACAUCAGAGCUUGUUUCUGCUGGAUUUGAGCUUCAACCAUUUGACAGGCCGUAUUUCAAAUGAACUUUUCAUUCUCAGUUCACUCAAAAAUUUGUUCCUUGGUAAUAACAAGUUAAUUGGUCCGUUGCCUGCACAGAAGAGCCCAAAUCUACAGAAUAUAGAUUUAUCAUACAAUGAAUUAUCUGGGAGCUUCCCUUCUUGGACCAGUGGACAAGAUUUACAACUGAAUCUGGUUGGGAAUAACUUUACCAUAGACAACUCUAACGGCAGUUCUCUGCCUACAGGAUUGAAUUGUCUUCAAAAUAAUUUCCAAUGCCCUCAGGAAACUCCCAUUUACUCUAGCUUUGCUAUUAAUUGUGGUGGUCAACAAAUUACAUCAUCUGAUGGGAUAGUGUACGAGGGGGAUGGGACUCUUGGUCCGGCAACAUAUUACAUGACAAGCACAGGCAGGUGGGCUGUUAGCAAUGCUGGACUGUCCAUUGAUAGCAAUAGUACAAAAUACACAACCUCCAGUUCUUCAGUUUUUACAAAUACUGUGGACCCUCUCCUUUUCCAGAGAGCAAGGCUUUCAGCUGGAUCACUAAGGUACUAUGGUUUGGGCUUGGAGAAUGGUAAUUACACUGUGACCCUCUGGUUUGCAGAGUCAAUAAUCCUGAAUCCUAAACCUCCUUCCUGGGAAUCUCUUGGGAGGCGCAUUUUUGAUAUAUAUAUACAGGGCAAUCUAGAGGAGAAAGAUUUUGACAUUCAAAAAGAAGCUGGGGGAUCAUUCAGAGCUGUUUCAAAGAAAUAUGCGGUUCAGGUAUCUGAAAAUCAUAUGGAGAUCCAUCUAUUUUGGGCUGGGAAAGGAACUUGCUGUGUACCUAGCCAAGGUACUUAUGGACCUCUCAUUUCAGCAAUCAGUGCAACCCUAGGUUCUGUAGAUCCUGUUCCCUCUGAACAACAGAAGAAUAGAACUGGCAUGAUUGUGGGAAUUGUUGUUGGGGUUGGAGCCAUGAUUUCUCUUUCUGUAUUUGUUGUGUAUUGUUUCAUUCAGAGAAGAAUAAGGCAGGACACAUAUGAUGAUGAAGAGUUCUUGAGAAUGGGCGUGAAGCCAUAUACUUUUAGUUACACAGAAUUAAGAGCUGGAACGGGUGACUUUAGUCCGUCUAACAAGCUUGGUGAAGGGGGAUUUGGACCAGUAUACAAGGGACUACUCGAUGAUGGGAGAAGUGUUGCUGUUAAGCAACUCUCUGUGGCCUCCCGCCAAGGGAAGAGCCAGUUUGUGGCGGAGAUUGCAACUAUUUCUGCUGUCCAACACCGCAACCUUGUGAAGUUGUAUGGAUGUUGCUAUGAGAGAGAGAAACGGUUGAUUGUGUAUGAGUUUCAUGAAAACAAGAGUCUUGAUCAAGCACUAUUUGGAGGUAGUAACUUGUAUCUUGAUUGGCCAAGACGUUUUGAAAUAUGCUUGGGAAUAGCAAGAGGUCUAGCUUAUCUACACGAGGAAUCUCGGCCAAGAAUCAUACAUAGAGAUAUCAAGGCUAGUAAUAUUUUACUGGACUCAGACCUCAACCCUAAAAUCUCAGAUUUUGGGUUGGCAAAGCUGUAUGAUGAUAAAAAGACUCAUAUCAGCACCCAUAUUGCAGGCACAAUUGGGUACCUUGCACCGGAAUAUGCUAUGCUUGGCCACCUUACUGAGAAGGCCGAUGUAUUUAGCUUUGGAGUUGUUGCCUUGGAGAUAGUCAGUGGUAGGCCAAACUCUGACUCGAGCUUGGAAGAAGACAAAGUGUAUCUUCUUGAAUGGGCUUGGCGUUUCCACGAGACUAAUGGUGAGGUUGAUCUGGUGGAUAAAAACGUAGUAGAAUUCAACGAGGAUGAAGUGAAACGAGUGAUAGGGGUAUCGCUUUUGUGCACCCAAACAUCCCCAGUAUCGCGCCCAUCCAUGUCCCGUGUGGUGGCAAUGCUUUUAGGGGACACUGAAAUAGCAGCCCCAACUACAAGGCCAAGCUACCUCACUGACUGGAGAUCCAAUGAUAAAACCACCUUCAUCACUAAUAUUCAUCACUCCCUUUCCCAGGCCGAUCAUACAUUAUCACAUCACUAGCUACUACAUUCAUCGGAGGAGAGGCCGGGUUGUUAACCUCAAAGGAUAUUGGAUUGCAAAGAAUGCUCAAAGUUCUUGGAUUAGAUGCCUUGCCACCUUGCCAAGUUAAUUUUAAUUUUAUUUCAACUCA